CAGCCAUCCGAGGGAUUGAGGAGUUCUCUUUGCAGCAGCCUGUGUGCAGGGACCGCUCUGUUAUGUGCUCCAUUUCUCCUUAGUUACCCACCCUCCUAAUACUCCCGACCAAUACCCCACCCCUCCUCACUCACUCGCACUGCACAGAGCAAAUCCACAGCCUGCAGUGCCUGAUCGCGCCAUCUCAAAGAUUCAUAAAGGCAAAAUCAAACUCUCUGCUCUUCGGGCAGGACAAACUGGAAGGCAUUGAGGGCAACCUAAAAAGAAAAAAAACACUGGACAAGUAAGCAAGCGUUCUAAUUCUAUCAAGGCACUUCAGGCAUAUAGAAGAAGAAGAAGAAGAAAGAAAAGCGCUUUAGCAGAGCAGCAGCUGGGCUUGAAAGCAGGAGAAAGGACCGGCUGGACGGCGGAAAAAAGAGCAGAGAAAAGUGACUGGAAUGAUAAGAUGAGAAGCAGGCGUGUGCCGCUGACCCCAAGUGAGGCCCUUCUGGAACUGCUGCUCGUGUUGCUUCUGGGGCUGCAUGUCCUGGCCGUGUGUCCCACCAUGUGCUCCUGCAGCAGCACCCACAGGGAGGUGGACUGCUCGUGGAGGGGCCUGAGGCAGCUUCCCGACGGCCUGCAGCACAACGUGCGCUCCCUCAACCUGUCCCACAACCGACUCCACGGGCUGGAUGGCCAGCUCACCGCAUACACCCACCUCCGCUUACUGGAUCUGUCUCACAACAGGCUGAGCCACCUGCCCGCUGGCUUGCCUCGUUCCCUGUGGCAGCUGCACGCCGCCUCCAACCGCCUCCAGCUGCUGGACAAGAACGACACCGUCCACCAGUGGAAUCUGCGGCUGCUUGACCUCUCGAACAACAAGUUGGAGCGGGCCAUCUUCAUCAAUAACACGCUGACCAAUCUGUGCAUGCUCAACCUGAGCCACAACCACUUCCGGACUUUCCCCACCAACAUGCCGGUGCACCUGGAGAACAUCGACAUGUCCCACAACUUGCUGGUGAACGUGCUGCCGGGAUCUCUGGACCGACUCCUCCGCCUGGCUCACUUCUAUCUGCAUGCCAACCGCUUGUCUACGCUGCCAUUAGGAGUUUUUGACAAGAUGUCGUCUCUUAGGGUCAUCACCCUGGGCGACAACCCUUGGGCCUGCCACCUUGAUGCCGACAUCACCCACUUGCUGUCCUGGACGCAACAGACACCUGCCCGUGUCCUGGGAUGCCCUUGCCAUACCCAGCCGGUCUGUGGAGGGGUGCGCCCCGGCAGGACUGGAGGGUGGCACUUUGCCUCCUACAACCUGCCCCCCCUUGCAGCGACCGCCCAGGACCUGGGCUCCAUGCCCCCUGAGGCCAGCGUCACCGGGUGGUGGUACUCGUCGGGUUCGGCGCCAAAAAGCACCCUGGACACCCCAAAAGAGACCUUGACUCCUCUCCCAAACAGCCCCUCACGCACCUCCACCCAGAACACCAGAAGCACGGGCACACGGGUAACUACCAAUCAGCUCUCUGCAUCUGGCGGACCGCGCCACACGCUCCACGCGGACCCCACCGACUCGGUGCACGGCAGCGACGCAUCCCCUUUUCCUGACACGAGUUUCAUCUCUGUAAGGCCGGUCAGGGCAGACACGACGCCGGCCACGGGUCCGUUUUUCACGACAGAGAGCGCCUCCAUCCAGACAAAGAAGACGACAACUCUUCGCACCAGGAGCGUGAGGAGGAAGAAUCAGUCCGUCCCCAGUGGCAUCAGCCGCGGCGGGCCGGCUCUGGCGACCUCCUGCUCUGAGCCUUUCCUCCACAUCCUUCUGACCCUCGUUGUACAACGAGUCUUCUAGGAGACCUAGAAAAAUAGAGCACACACACACGCUGACCAUUCUAGUACUUUCGUGUUUGUUUAUUACACACUUUGGAGCCAACUGAUCAUUUUAAGUACCAAGUUUAACAAUCCCUGCUAUUCUCAGUUUGGUAUGAAGCUAUUUUUAUAAUAAAUAGCCCAAAAAAGGAUUCCCUUUUACAACAACCUUUUUUACUAGCCUCCAGAAGAAGAAAAAAAUAUUGUAAUGAACAUAGCUAAGCACAUGGUGGCACUAUACAUCCAGCUACGGUUUUCUUAUGUAACUGAAUGUAGCCUUGUUGCUUAUCUGCAACUACAGUAUGUACAUUUCAAUGAUGCCCAGCGCACAUUAUCAACUAAAAAAUGUUAUUUUUCCUUUUUUUUUUGUUGGAAUUUGGCAUAGGUUGCAUUGGUCACAUUGUGAUCAUAUUUCAUUUUUCAUUUUUCAUUGCACUGGCUUUUAACAAAAGCAUGGCACACAAAAUAUACUUAUUUAGACUCUUUUGCAAAUUUUAAUGAAUGGAUUACCUUGAUGCCUGCUUAUGUCUUUUCAUCUAAAAAAACAUAUCACUGACAAAAGGAGAGACCUCUUCUUGGCACAGGGUGAAUGUAAAAUAACUGGUCAUGCCAAAGGCCAAGGCCAUGCCAGGGACCAAAGCGGACUCUGAAGAGCGAGGGCGGUGAGCGGAUAAAUGGACAAUGGUGCAUCACUAUCUUGAACAAACUGAGUGCCAAGUAGUACCGCUUCUGUAUGUCGAUCACAUCUCAAACUUAAGUGUCCUUCAUGAUUCAGUGACGCUCGUGAAAAUGAUUUGCAUGGUGAUUGAGCGCUCCAGGUAUGCUAACCUAUACUGCUCUAUUGCUGCAGAGCAUCGAAGCACAGACUUAGGAAGAAUACAGUGGAAUGCUUUGUACUGGGCGAUUUCUUUAAAUAAAACUAAUGAAACAUCUGC